AUGAUAGAGAAGAAAAAAAGUAUAUAUUGGCUAUUUUUCGUGUUGGCUUGUGUAGUUUUUAAUACUGCAGAAUGUUCGGGGAAUAAUACAACUACUAGCGAUCGUGUGAUUAUCAGCCUUCAUCGAGAUAAAGUCAACAAGUUCGGCUAUGCCAGCUUUGUAAAACACGUAAACACUUCACUCAACGUCUCUGUGGCCUUGAAUGGCUUCGUUAGAAGGGCAGGGGAGUGUGCGUUCAUCUGCGCUAACUCUUCUAUCGRUUUCUCGUUUAAUUUUGCCAUCAAUGCUGAUAUUCAUGGAAGACAUAUUUGUGAGAUUCUCGCUACGGAUAAGUACAACGCCUCGGACAAGUUCGUCAGCAAAAUUGGAUUCAAUCAUUACAGUCUCUAUAGUCCCUGUUCUUCAUUCCCAUGUUUGAAUGGAGCGACAUGCCAUGCCAAGUACGAACACGGAACGUACGAGUGCCUAUGUGUACCUGAAUUUGGAGGGAAGUUUUGUGAAAAUGAGGUCAACGAAUGUGCUAGCAAUCCUUGCUUGAACAUGGGUGUCUGUACUGAUAUGUUUGCUGCUUACCGGUGUACAUGCCAUCCGGGGUUCUCUGGCGAUAGAUGUGAAAUAGUCACUCCAGGCGCCCUCUUACCUGGUGGCAACAACGUCUGCACACAAAUCAUCAGUUAUGCCUUCGCGUACUUGGAGUCCUAUCACGUGACAAGAGACCAGCGCUACACCUACGGCUGUGGCUGGUUUGGAUGGUGGAGGUGUACUGGAUGGAGGCGUAUCUACAACAAGGCCUAUCGAACAGCCUACCGACAGAGUUACAGGAUCAGUUACAUCUGUUGUCCAGGGUUCGACAAUCCACCACACAGUGGCCAUUGCUCCAUUAAUAUUGACGAGUGUGCCAGUACUCCCUGCCAAAACAAUGGUACAUGUAUCGACAGAGUGAAUGGAUAUCAGUGUAACUGUACUGCUGGCUUCAAUGGAUCACAAUGUGAAAUAAAUAUUAACGAAUGUUCUAGCAACCCGUGUUUGAAUGGAGGAUCAUGUUUUGAUCAAGUCAAUGGUUACAUGUGCGCAUGUGCAGCAGGAUACACAGGAGUCCAUUGCGAAACAGACAUCGACGAGUGCUCUAGCAAUCCAUGUCUGUAUGGAGCAUCAUGUCACGAUCACGUUGACGGCUAUACCUGCACUUGCGCCGGGGGGUAUACGGGAACGAACUGUGAAUCAAAUAUCAAUGAGUGUCUUAGCAAACCAUGCCAGAACUAUGGCGCUUGUAAUGAUCUCAUGGAUGGUUAUAGCUGUACCUGUCAACCUGGCUUCUUUGGAACAAAUUGUGAGACUUCGAUUAUAGGAGGAGUGCCGAAGAAGUGAACCAAAAUGUGGCAGCACUGUACACGGAGACGAUUGCAGACAAAUACCCCUCGAUUGAUUAUAUCAUCCCAAACUAUACUAGACUGAUUCCAUAAGACAUAGUUCUCCCUCGAAAGAAUGCGAAUGGAAACGAUCCAAAUUGAUCUUUAAUUUGGACAGGAAAGAGAAUUUGAAAAUAAUACAAAUGUUGCUUAUAAGGGAUUAUAGAGUGAUGAUACAAUUAAGAAGCAAACGAGUAAAGGUCUCUGACCCGGUUGAGACGACUCAACUCAGAUUCGCAUUCGUUUAUGCGUUGGGCUAAAAGGCGCUUCAAGAUAGCCGUUUCACAAUUCUACUCGUAUUUUGGUUUAUAUAGGAUAACUCAGUACACAUUAAAAUCAUAUAUUGCACUAGACUAUCAGUGACUCUGGGUAGAAAGCAGACGGUUUGAAAGCCCUACGCAUUUAACACAUUCAUAAUAUGCUUGAACUAACAUUAAAUAGUUUAGCUAGAAAGUUUGUAGCACGUUGAUGCUGGACGGUAUAGAGUGUUAGAUUUUCUUUUCUCUUCCUGCAAACGGCAAAUAUGACCACGUUUUCAUCGUUUUCCUGUAUUCUAAUUUUAGUUAUUACAAAAUUUCACACAUAUUCUUUCGCUUUUCUAUUAUUUGGAUUUUUUUUUGCGAUUCCUUUUCAGUAACUCAAAAUAAUCUUUUGAUAGUCAACAGACGUUUCACGUUUGCCUUGAACGUAAAUCUUCUAUAAAUGUAAUGUCGAACGGCUCGGCUUUCGUCGUUCUCACAGUACCGACUUUCAGUUGCACAAGGGGAAAUUAGUCCUACUUUUCUUUAAAGUUUCUUGCGAGAACAAGAAAACAAGCCUUAAGUUCAGUUCAGUUCACAGUGCUGUUGUGUACAAAUUUGAGUCAAAAAUUUUACGGUCUAACAUCUUACCUUUCGUUCUCUUGUAUCCUAGCGUUUGGCAAGUUGUUUUCAAAUACCUCCUAUAAGUAUAUUCUAAGUCUUGGACCCGUCUUAAGCAGGACCAUUUCACAAGACGGGUUUGUCGACUCCUAGUACUCGCUCUUUACAACAGAGCCCAGCAAACAAACCAACUAAACAGCUUUGUCAACUUUUUUAAUCAGGCAAGCACUAGCACUUUUCAUAACACGGAGUGGAACGUAAUCAAAAUUCAAAAGUAAUAUCCACACACUUUACUAGAAAUAGCAAAAUAUAAUUGCUCCUUUGGCAAAUUAAAGUGCACAUGAACCCUUCGACAAUACUUUCAGUACUGAUU